AUGGUUCCUGCACUCAAUGCAGCAGAUGUCCUACUUAUUUUCAAGUUAUGUGUGCUGCAAGAGCAGGACAUAGCAUGGAAAAGGUUCGACAGCCAAGAGGUUGAUUAUAACUAUGUCAUGGUCAUUAACAAAGGACAGAAAAGCAUCAAAUAUGUUUCGGUAAAUCUGGUAUACAUGGAUGGGGACCCUUUGCUCCAAGAAAUAUUCAGGAAGGAGAAAUGUUGGACGGAAAUGCUGUAUUUGUCAUUGUACUUUUCAUUUAUUCUUGGAAAUGGAGGACAUGAUAAAAAGAGACAACUGCUGACCGCUGCGCCCGCGCUGCUGCGGCUGCACCGCCGCGCCAUCGCCGCUCCGCUAGUCGCCGGAGUUCCCCCCUCAGCCACGAGCUCGCGCUACUGUCUCGGUCCGCUGCCGCCGUCCCCCUCGCCGUGCCAGAGCCACCGCCGCAGCGACCUGCAGCAACCCGCGAAGCUGUCGCCGUCCCGCCUGCUGCCCGAGCCACUGGCCACCACCGUGCCAGCGCCUACCCCGUCCGCCUCGCUUGCUGUGCCAUCGCCGCUCGACCCUCCGCGACGCUUGCAGCGCCCUCGUCCGCGAGCACCGCGCCACCACCGCCCGUCCGCCACCCUCGCGGCUCCACCAGUCACCACCACGCCUUUGCCUGCACCUCCGCCGAGCCGCCCCAAUCUCUGCAGCAGCGCCGCGUCUCCGCCUCGCUGCGACCCUCCUGCUGUCCGCGACUCCCUCCGCCAGCUGCUGCUGUUCGUCAGCCUCGCACCAGCAACGGCCAGCGACUCCGAGCUGCUCUGCCCCCUUUGCCAGCCGUGCACACCAGUCUGUCUUCCAAUUCGAAGAAGAGAUAGGCACAUCAUGCCUCCCUCUCCCUAUCCGUCGGUCGCUCCGGCGCCUCCGCCUCCCGACCAUGCCAUGGUAGGUCUUCGCUUUACGGCCUUCGCCUUGUAUGCGUCGCUGCUAGCAUGUGUAGACGCCAUGCUCAUCCUCAUCGUGGUGGGCUACGCCUAUUGCUUUCGCUGGCGCAAUCGGGCUCGCUUUGAUCCUGAAAUCGAGAUGCCACGACAACAGGUUGAAGCGACGGCCCUGUCAGUGAUGGUCAUGAAGUAUCGUGGCGAUGCGAGGGAGUUCAACAGCGACGAGUGCGUGAUUUGCUUGGCGAGUUUCGAGGAAGGAGAGGAGUGCUGGGUGAUCGAGACGUGUGACCAUGUUUACCAUGAAAGUUGCAUCAAGGAAUGGCUCUCCAGAAAUCGGCAUUGCCCACUUUGUCGUGGCUCGGUCCAAGCGGCGCGGGAGGCUAGUCUUACACCGGCUCCUACCAGAUCUUAG